CGGGCGAGAAAAGUGUCCGUUAAAAAAGACCGAUCAUCCCUGGUUCAUAUGUCAGAAGAAGAUUUGUUUAUGGAACUAAUUAGAGACAUUGCUAGUGAAUUAGAUGUCAAUGUUUUAUGUCACAAGAUCCUUCAGAAUGUUAGUAUAUUAACUAAUAGUGAUAGAGGAAGUCUUUUUCUAUGUCGAGGAACUAAAGAAAACCGUUAUCUAGUCUCAAAACUGUUUGAUGUUACUGACACAUCUACUUUAGAGGAAUCUAUACACACGGAAGAAAACGAGAUCAAAGUGCCUUUUGGAAAAGGAAUUGCUGGACGCGUAGCUUUAACUAAAGAAACAAUCAACAUUAUAGAUGCAUAUCAGGAUCCAAGAUUUAACCAAGAAGUCGAUGAUAAAACUGGAUAUAGAACUCACAGUAUUUUAUGUUUACCUAUUAUUAAUUAUGAAGGGGAAGUGAUUGGAGUAGCACAAAUUAUCAACAAAAUCAGUGGCAAUCAUGUCUUUACCCCGGCAGAUGAAGAGGUAUGGUAUUCCUUUUACACGUUAUAUUUUUUUCAUUUUCAGGUAUUCAAAAAGUACCUCACAUUCUGUGGAAUCGGUAUCACAAAUGCCCAGUUAUUCGAAAUGUCUGUACAGGAAUUUACCCGCAAUCAGCUAUUAUUACAUCUUGCAAGAGGAGUGUUUGAAGAACAGACCAACUUGAAUAAGCUGAUUGAAAAGAUUAUGUUAGAUGCUCAAGAAAUUCUUAAGUGUGAACGAUGUACCAUAUACUUAUUAGAAGAUUCACUGGAAAACGUAAGACCAUUAUCCACGAGUAGGUUGUUGAAAUAUCGAAAAAUGUGUCUAUUGCAAAAACAAACAUACCCCUUGAACAUAAUAGGAAUUGGAAUUAAAUAUCACUGGAGGUCUGUGAUUUGUUGUGACUAUACAGGAGUAAUACUUAUUUAUUUCAGUCCAAUGGAAAUGGCCAAAAGUAAGAAUACGAAAAUAGCAAAAUAUGUAGUGGUUCAUGGCACGGUAAGAAUUAUUACUUUAUGUUAUCUGUUUCAGUUUGUUGAGGAAGACGGGUUUCAUACGAGAAGUAUAUUAUGUAUACCAAUCUAUAAUAGUGAUAAAAGAAUUACUGGUGUCACGCUUCUUAUUAAUAAAAACAAUUGUAAACCUUUUAAUGAGAACGACGAGAAUAUAAUAGAGGCUUUUUCUAUAUUUACUGGUCUUGGAAUCCAUAAUUGCCAAAUGUAUGAAAAUGCGUGCAGAUUGAUGGCCAAACAAAGUGUAGCAUUAGAAGUAUUGUCGUAUCAUGCCACAGCUCAAACAGAAGAAGCUGCGAAAAUAUUGGAAGACCCAUUACCAACAGCAGAUAAGCUAAGGCUAUACAGUUUUGAUUUUGAUGACAUUCCACUCCCAGAUGAUGGAACAUUGAAGGCAGUCAUUAGAAUGUUCACAGAUUCAGAUGUAAUCAAUCACUUUAAAAUACCCAAUGAGGUAAUGUGUAGAUGGAUCUGUAGUGUCAAGAAGAAUUAUAGACCAGUCACCUAUCAUAAUUGGAGACAUGCUUUUAAUGUUUGUCAAACCAUGUUUACUAUGCUCUAUACUGGAGAAUUGAGACCAAUAUUUGAUGAUCUAGAAAUAUUUGCCCUUAUGGUAGCUUGUUUGUGUCAUGAUUUAGACCAUAGGGGUACAAACAAUGCAUUUCAAGUCAAGGUUGCCAGUCCUCUUGCUAUGUUAUAUAGUACAUCAGUUCUAGAACAUCAUCAUUUUGAUCAUUGUAUCAUGAUAUUAAAUAGUGAAGGAAACAACAUAUUCCAAUCUUUAUCCCCUACAGAUUAUAGGAAUGUAAUAAAAACAUUAGAACAUGCUAUAUUAUCCACUGAUCUAGCUUUAUAUUUCAAGAAAAGAGGAGACUUUAAAUCAUUAGUAGAAAGUGGAGAAAGAGACUUUGAUGAACCGUAUAAAAAAGAUUUGUUGAAAGCAAUGAUGAUGACAGCAUGUGAUGUUGCUGCUAUAACCAAACCAUGGGAAGUUCAACAACAAGUUGCCCAACUUGUAGCCAAUGAAUUCUUUGAGCAGGGUGAUUUGGAGAAAACACAACUGGGAGAAAAACCUAUGCCAAUGAUGGACAGAGAUAAAAAGGAUGAUUUACCAAAAAUGCAAGUUGGAUUUAUUGAUGCUAUAUGUUUACCAGUAUAUAAGACAUUUGCUGAAAUUUGGCCUAGAUUGGAGCCACUGUAUAUGGGUUGCCUUACAAAUCGUAAUAACUGGCAAUCAAUGACAGAAAAUAAGGAA